CAGCUUCCGCAAUCAAAUUCUGCGACUUGUUUACUCGCAAGUUAUUUGAAUCAGCUUUGUUUUCGUCUGAAUAGUCUUUGUGUUCUAGUGGAAUUCAAUGUUGUGUUGGUAGCGUUGUUGCUUCUUGUGCGGUGGUUUUGCCGGUUGAAUUAAAUUUUUGUGUACAUUUAAAAUUGUUAUUAAGUGUGAAACAACCCAAAAUUGUCUUUUCAAGCAAUGCCACUCAACCCUUCCUCACAACCCUCUAUCAAGGGUAACUAAAAAUCGAUUCGUCCCGGGGAUGAUUCACCCCCCAAGAAAAUCGAUAAUUUCCUUCGCGUUUUUCUUCCUGUUUGAAUAACAGUCACAAAAUGCUCCCGGAUCCGUUUUAUCUCGGCAAAUUCUUCCACGAGACUUUUAGAGUUCACCCCGACAGUCAAAAAAAACGCCUCGAAUGGAAAAAACUCAAAAAGAAAACACUGAAGUCACGUUCGAAACAAAAAAGUAAACUUGAAAUCAUGUGCGAAAACGAUUUUCAAUCACCCCCUGAAAUGGAGCUCCCUGGUAAUGCCUCAGCGUUUGCGGUUUUUGCCUCAAUUCGCCUGGCUGUCUUGGACCGAUGGAUGAGACAAGCCACUCAGGAGUAUCUCCAGAGCAGCUGCAGCGCUCCUUUGCAAGACCAGAGCGAGAUUGAUAGCGAUACUGAAGACAACAGCCAGACUAGCACUUAUAUGCCGAUUAAAGUAUCAAAAGUUGUGGGUUUGGGGCUCAGAUCAGUCUUUGAAUUGAUCAAAGAGAGCCGUAUUACGCAUCCAGGGCUUUGCACUAAAGCGUUAUCGGCGUUGUUGGAUGUUUUGCAAGGGCAGAGUCCUGAGGGACUCAAGUCGGAGCCUCCUGAUGUCAUAGACCCACUUUUUGAUUUGUUGCUUGACUUGGCUUGCAUGCAUGGGCCGGAAAGUUCGGUUCCAAAUGACGGAACACAUCUGACUGCAAUCGCGUGCGCUUGUCUUUUGUCUCUGGUGGUCGUUAGGGGAGAUACGGGGAAGUACCUGUCGGCCACUGCGGCGCUUCUGAUGUGUCCGAGGGCGCUGUCUGUGCAAAAUAUUCAGAUGCCGGCGGUUUUGUCAUCCCUGCAAAGAAGCGUCCAAGGUGUGCUUUUGGGUAAAAUGAUCCGACCUGAUUGGAUCACUUAUGGAGUACCAAGUAAUUCAAAAAUUGAUUCAUUUUUCGUAAAAAUGCCACACGAUUUGCAAAAUCAAAUGUUAUCCUUGAAAUCGCUUGCUUGUGACGGUCAAUAUUUGUAUUUAUUCACUUCGAAUGGGCUUUUUAAAAUUGGUACUGGUUAUGGUGGUACUGUGAAAGGUCAUGUGUAUUUUUGGAAGCCUGAUUUUUAUCCAAACGACAAUGGGACGUUAGUGUUUUGCACGGACAAUUUGUAUUUGAAACUAAACGGACGUCGAGGCAAUGAAUUUUUAAUUGUUGAAAGGACAAAUUUGUUGAUUUCUGGCUCAGUACCAUUGCAUAGUCGGGACGAAAGUGCGUCGGUUGUUUUCUCAGAUGGUGAUAAUUUAGGAACGAUUUCUCCAUCCCGUGACGACGGUUUUGUUGUCCGUAUUUUAAACCAAUUAACUUCACCUGCUUCUCUAGUCAAUGAACUACCCUUAAAACUGGCCCGUAAAUGUGUCGAUGUUUUCGGGAUUGCUUCCUUCGACGAAGAAGGAAACUCUCAUACUGUUAACACCGGAAGUGAGGACGAAAUUGCGGCGAUUUGUGCCGGAAAAGAAUUUGGUCUAAUUAAAACAACAACCGGAAAAGUUUUAUACUGUGGUAAAGCUUCAGCUUUGGGUAUCAAACAAGCCGGAGUUCGGACCGGAAAAUGGUCAGAACUCGUCCUAACAAAAACACCCAAAGUCACCCAUAUUGCAGUGGGCCAUGAUGGGUUACAUGCCAUUUUAUUAACUGAAGAUGGGUCGGUUUUCUUCGCCGGGACGGCACGCAGGGGCGAAGAUGGUGACCAAAGUAAGGUCCGGAGACAACCCAAACCAAUCAAACCCAAAAAAAUGAUCAAAGUUGACGGCCAAUUUAUUGUUUCGGCGGCUUGUAACAACGGAACAACGGCUUUAGUGACCCGAGACGGUGAAUUAUUAAUGUUUGGGAAAGAUACAGCUCAUGUUGAUGCCACUUCAGGUUUAGUUUGCAAUUUAAAAGGUGAAUUUAUUGUGCAAGUAGCCUUGGGUAAGGCCCAUGCCGUGGCUUUGACAAGUAAAGGUCAAGUGUUCACUUUUGGUAUUAAUAAUAAGUUUCAAUGUGGACGUGAUUUCGUCUCGUUAAAUAAAGAAGGGACUUCCCAUAAUAUCGUCGCUAUGGAUACGUGUGGUACCCAAGACGAGCACGACCUCUAUGAAGAAAUCGACGAAAAUCGCAAAGAAGGGGAAAAUAGUGCUGGGAGUUCUGAUAAUGUUAUCGAACCCCAACAAAAUAUGUGUCCAGCUGGGAUGCACUCCUGGCAUGAUGAUAAAUGCAUGAUUUGUACGAUUUGUCGUGAAUGCACUGGAUAUUCCAUCAGUUGUCUCUCCUCAAUGAGUGCAGACCGAAACCCUGGCCAGGAGUGUGGUUGUGGUGAAGGCGACAGUGGUUGUUCAGUCUGCGGUUGUUGUCGAAUUUGUGCACGAGAGGUCGUUGAUAAUUCUGAACUAGCCGACUUGGCUGGAAUGAUGCGUUUAGACUUGAUUUUCCGCGACAAAGUUUUAAUUCCCCCGAGGCAAAGAACCAAAUUACACGAACAAAUUCACAGUCGUUUAGAAGAACGUAAAAAUCGGGGCCGUAAAUCCGGACCUGGACCGAGUAAACAAACGGCGAAAAUCAAAUCGUUACGACCUGCCGUCUCAGCCACUCCGAUACAUAGAUCAACCAAUAAUACAACCAGACAAUGUAAUAUUCUCGGAAUGGGUACUAACACAACUAGUAGAAAAAAUUCCGUAUGUUAUGUGUGAGUUGUAGUGAAGGAACAAGCCGGUUCUGAUGUCGAACGUGACGCUACGAGGAUUGCUUGUCUACCACCGGCAAAAAUUCACAUUCCUUCUGAUAGUCCGGUUGUGCAAAUUGCGUGUGGGUUGCAUCAUAGUGUGCUGUUAUUGCAAAAUGGACAGGUGUAUAGUUUUGGCUCGAAUUUAUACGGCCAAUUAGGCUGUGGCGAUAUCCUUGCAAAAAAUAGUAUACAACUCGUGCGAUUACCAUGUAGUGCCAUCCACAUAGCGGCUGGAAGUAACCACACUGUGAUUUUAACAUCAAAAGGCGAAGUUUACACUUUUGGCAACUACCAGAAAGGGCAAUUAGGACGCAACCCACCUUCUGUAUCCCCUCAAGACUCAUCUCAACCCGGUCAGAGCACCAGUUCGCGUUAUAGCAACCCUAGAACCCCCUGGUAUUGCAUCCCGGCCCUCAUUCCAAACAUAGGCCCCAAACACGGUCGCAGAGCCACUUGGGUUGGGGCUUCAGGUGACCAAACUUUUCUCAAAAUUGACGAAAGUUUGAUAAAUUCAGUUAGUAUAUCGAAAUCAAUCGUCACAGCUAAUAAAAACUCGAUUGUUCUGUUACCGAGUCAUGAAGAGACAGCGAAAAGUUUCAAAUGUUUAGUGAUAAAUAAACGAGACGGGAAUUGCAAUUCGUUUAAAGGUCUUGAACAAGUUGAUUUUUGCAAUAAAAUUGUUUGUAUGGACCCGAUUUAUAACGUGUUAUGGUCGUACAACCCGCUUAACCAUGAAAUCACCUGCCACAACAUUAUCGCAACCGAAUUACAAACACGCAAUUCGAUUAAAACCUUCGAUAAUAAAUUUUUAUUUCAAGUGAAGACUUUAAAUGAAGGUGCAACAGAAUGUGAUGAUUUAGAUUUAGCAACGAUUCUCUCACCUGAACUGUCGUUACCGGUUAUAACCAAUUGUCACGUGACGCGCUUUCAAGCCGCCAUUAAUUUAUUGUGUUGCUUGGAUACGCUUACUUUAGCACAUGAUUUACAAAUGGCCGCGGUGAAGGAAGAAAUUGACGAUCGACAAUUGGUGUCAGGGAAACAAUACUCAAAGGAGGAUUUUCAAAGUGUUAACCGAUUUGAAAAUCAUGGCGGGGGCUGGGGUUACUCUGGACAUAGCAUUGAAGCGGUUAGGUUCAUGGCCGACACUGAUAUCUUACUAGGUGGGUUCGGUUUGUUUGGGGGACGUGGUGAGUACACCGCCAAGUUAAAAUUGUUAGAUAUUGGACCUGAUGGAGGUGAGCAAGAAGGUGAUGGUGAAUUAUUGGCUGAAACAGAAGAGGUUCCGUAUGAGUGUGGUCCCAGACAAAAAUAUCCGUUGUUGUUUGAUGAACCAAUCCAGUUACAAGCGCACCGUUGGUACGUCGCUUGGUGUCGUAUAAGUGGACCUAGUAGUGAUUGUGGUUCUUCGGGUCAAGCUAUGGUAACGACAGAAGACCAAGUUUUGUUUUAUUUUAAAUCAUCCAAGAAAUCCAACAAUGGGACUGACGUCAAUGCUGGUCAAAUCCCCCAAUUGUUGUACAAAGUGAUAACACCGGAAAAUCACGCACCGCCGAGACAGGUCGAUAUUGCAGAGCCCGUUCAUAUCCUGUCGAAGGAUUUUUCAAGGACUGUGACUAAAGAAUGCUUCCAAAGCCUGCUUUCUUUGUUACAAUGGUCGUGGAAUACGUUCAAAUGGGGGGUUGUUGAAGGACAAUCAAUUAAAAAUAUGUACACUAAUCUCGAAUUGGAACGCUUGGUUUAUAUCAGUAGAGCCAGUUUGAGACUUAUUCAUACAUAUACCAAUGAGAUUUAUCCAAAUCAAAUCAUUAAAAAAAUUCCUUUGGAAAAUGUACAAUUGGCUGAAAGUAUCGGCGAUGUUCGAACUCUCCUAAAGCAAAUACUGUCGGAUAAUUUACCAGCUCUCAUGAAUAAAAAAUCAAGCAAGGGGAAAAACUACAGUCAGAACUUUGUAAUGAUGAAUGGUAUUUUGGAAGAGUGUCACAAUACGUUCGUUGCUUGUUUUCAUGCCUUUUACCCGACGGCCUAUUUGAAGUGGAACUGUCUUUGUGACCUGCUUUCCGAAAUUGAUAAAGAAUCUAACCGAUCAUCAUCUUUAAACAGCCAACGUUUGUUAAGUGCAGUCUUAUGCGCCCUUUGCGCCCCCAGUGUACGUCUCAGAAGCACUUUUCCAUUACUUGGAAGCACCAUAGGUUCCGACAGUUCGCUUCAUCGAGGCUUAAGUCCCUCAGACAAUACCGGACUCCCAAUGAUGAGUAUCUCAGACUCACAUCAUUACCCGAUCCUGGUUGAACAAAUGAGUUACAAGAGCCAGAUGGACUGUUAUUUGGGUCCUUUAUGGCAAUGGAAGGACGUCCUUGAUCGUUUAUUACAAAUUGUUUCCGAACCAAUCAACCAAACUUUGAAAAAUAGCAAAACGUUGUCAUUGCCUGGUCUUACGCGACAUUGUUGCCAUUUAUUGGCACGAGUCGUAGCGGAGUUGGUCCACCAAUGCAGUGCGACAGAUGAGGAUUUACAAAACGGAUGCGGGCGUAUUUUACACAUGACAACGUCACGCUUUACACGAACCAACCAAUCACGUACUUGGAAUACCGGAAAUGGGUCUCCCGAUGCCAUUUGUUUCCAAGUUGACCGGCCCGGAAUUUCCAUCGCAGGAGUCGGGGUGUAUGGCGGGAUCGGCCAUUAUGAAUACGAAUUGGAAUUAUUGGAAGAUCAAAGUUCAUUGAGUGGUUCCGAAAGCCAUACUCACACCCAGCGUUGGAAUAGUUUAGAAAUUACAAGAGGAUCAUUCGUUCCGGAAGACUUUGCCCCUGAUAUAAUUGAAAUAAAGUUUGAUAGGGCCGUACCUAUUAAAGAGAAUAUUAAAUAUGCAAUAAGAUUGCGGAAUCACGGUGGUAGAACUAACAAUGGUGAUGGAGGAUUGAAUUCGGUGAAAGGUUCAGAUAACACGACUUUUACAUUUUCCACUUGUUCGUUGAGUUUUAACGGCACGACACUUACAAGGGGGCAAAUACCGGUCAUUUUGUACUAUAGUAAUCCAGUCGAGUGUGGUAAAACAUCAACAACGAAAUUAGAACAACAAGCACGGAAAGCUGCUCUAUCAAUGGCUACUGCGAUAAUACACAAUGCGUGUGAUUUAAUGGCCGCAGCGCGUGAAAAAGCCGAAGAAAUUUCAUCCGCUGAAAUUUUAAGUAACUCAUAUAUGGUCACCACUUUGUUACCACUAGUUUUGGCACAUAUUAGUCCUUUGGCAACUAGUGAUCCACGAAGUGCCGUGCAUAUUCUAACCCUGAUUCAAGAAAUACUCCCACAUGUCUCGGCUUUAAAUUUAUUAGGGGGUUCCACCCCAGUAACCACUAAAUCACUCGUGACGUCAAGUACUCAAGACACUAUUGAUUAUAGGACGAAUACAACCAGUCAUCACUAUACGUGGGUUGAGGGUGAGCACCCCUACAAACCAGCAACGGUAUCAAAUUACCGCGUAAUUUUCCCCGACAGUGUCAAAUGGAUGACUCUAGAAUUUGAUCCAAAUUGUUCCACUGCACAGCCUGAAGAUUUAUUACAAUUGUACGUCCCGUCCCUUGAUUUUUCACUUAAAACGAGCAAAAUCUACGAUUUGGAUGAGUCCGAAUCGCCACCGUUGCCCUAUUGGCCCGUUUUACACAAAUUCACAAGCUGCUUGCAGUGGCCCACAAAUUCGGUGGUUCUGCCCGGAAAUGAAGUGAUUUUUUCGCUCGAAACUGCGUCCGAUUAUUUAAAAGACGAUAGAUCAAGUUCGUACGGUUUCAAAUGUUUGGUGGUGGGUUAUGAGUGGCCACCUGCCGGACAUGGGAGUAGUAUUUUAGGGUUGAAACAUUUGGAGGCGGAAUUGGCGUUUUUGGGAGGGAUGUGUGCUGCAAGUAUGAUGAAAAAAGAUUUACAAUUGCCCACAAUUGGAGGUGAUGAUGAAAUUGAUGUGGAGAUCGCGGAAGCAGUGGCGGCACAAACAUUAAACGUUCAUGGGUCGUUGUUGUCGAAAGGUCUGGCCUUGAGUAGUCCUCCAACUGUAAAUCAGGCAUUGGAUGGAAUGUUGCCGUAUAGCAUCCACUCAAACGAGAGACUUUUCCUGCGAGAUUUCGUGAGCUGUGUGGCCGGUUCAAGUGGCGGCCGUUUAGCCCAAUGGCUUCAGCCAGCCAGCAGAGUAGAUCCAUCAAAAUGUCAAGUUUUGUAUUCUCGAGAAGAGUUACGUUGUGGAUGGCCGGCUAUUAUAACAGUUGUUACGCGAAACCAAUACUCUGAUUUAGUUAAUGUUCCAAAUAUGAAAGUGGAGGUUAAAGCAAUUCCGAUUGAUAAAAAAGAGUUGGGGGAAUGCGAUUCUGGGCGAAAAAUACCCCGAGUGAUGCAACAACCAGACCCUUUGAGUUUUGGUGGUUUUGUACCACCGCCGAUACACAACUCUUACGAGCCCACAAUUCGGGAUAAAAUGUGUUUCCAUUCGAUUAGUGUCAUGAAGUCGUAUCAGAACUACUCGUUUGAGGAAUUACGAUACGCCUGUCCUACGGUGAAAAGAUCCAGCGAGAAUAUGUUAGUGAGACACAACAGUGAUGGGACUUAUAGUGCCACUUGGACACCCGCAUCCGUCGGUUUCUACUCGAUUGUUGUCAAUAUAGACGGUUACGAUAUGGAGGAAGCGUUCAAAGUUGAAGUUAAGGAACCGCCACAAGGAAUGACACCACCUAGUCAAAUCACGGCGAAAAAAUCCAUCUAUCAGCCGAGCAAAUUGAGGAAAUUUGUGGCUCAAAAUUCAGCUGGCUUAAGGAUAAGGGCGCAUCCGUCCUUGCAGAGCGAACAGAUUGGGGUCGUGCAUGUCAAUGGCACGAUUGCCUUUAUCGAUGAGAUUCACAACGACGACGGCGUGUGGUUGCGUCUCUCCGCCGAAACGAUAAAACAGUACUGCACCACGUGCGUAAUCGAAGCAUGGUGUUUGCAAUACAACCAACAUUUGGGCAAAACACUUUUACUGCCAGUUGAAGAACCCAAAUCAAUUUUAGACCAAGUUAUAAGCGACACAAUCAUGCGAAAAUUGCCGGAAAUUAGCGACCGGCACAAAAUCCCCGGCAGUUCUACCAACUAUCAAGUGAUAAAAUGUGGUGCUUCCGGCCACAAUAUCCGAAGUCGGCCCAGCCUGAAAGCACCACCUGUUGGAAUGCUAGUAUUGGGUAAUCGAAUUGGUGUUAUCGACUAUGCGGUCAAUCCUGAUGGUUAUUGGGUGCUGUUGGAUAAAACCACAGCUGAGAAAUAUUGUUUUAAUACGGACCAUGAAGCUUGGUCAUUGGCAAUUGGACCGAAUAAUGUUCUAUAUUUGGGAAAUGUGACAGGGACUGAUCCUCAUGUCUUGUCAGAGCCUGAAUUUGUAAAACAUCAAGCAAAAAAAGGGUUUGAUUUUUCGUGUAGCUCAGCACCGAAACCUCCCGAACCGAACUUUUCAUUCAGUGGUCAACCAAUCCAGAAUUUGGUUGUAACACCAAAGGAAACACUUUCGACGAAUCCGUUUGUUUUUGGUGAUAGUGUUAAAGGCGAAUCGCCCAAACUUCCAAAACGGGAGAGGAAAGAUUCGAAAUUGAGUAGUCUACCGAAGUGGUUUAAAGGCGACGAUGUUAAUAAAAUCGAUGAUUCGUCAAGAGAACAUGGUUGUAACGGUAAUGGUAUUACACCACCAGGGACCCCAAAACGGUCUCAAAGUCCUCGUGCUGGGCAUUUAUCCCCGAAACCGAUGAGUCGGAGCUCAAGUCCUGUUCCAAUUCCUUCAACUGAACGGCAAGAGGUUGUCUCUUCGGUUCAAGUACAGAAUUUAAGGCUAAUCGAAGCUCGUGGUGGUAAUAUCCUCCAUGACAGUACCAGCAGCAGUCCACAAGCUUUCGGUUCACCUCGUAGCAUCGGAAUGUCACCUUUAGUACGUCGCGGUUCCAACCAAUCCGAUACCAGCGCUUUGGACUCGGAACAAAGUUCCAAAAAAUUGACACAAACCGGGACGCAAACUUCACCCGAAAACAGCUCAAACCCUUCGAUUAAAGGCCACUUUUCAAUCGGAAGUGGCAGUAAAGAUGAAAGAAUGCCACAAAAAGUGUCACGAGUUGAUCGCGCCACUGGUAAAGCGCGCCCUAAAAGGGCCAUAAGUCCGGCUAGUUUACAGCAAUUACCUACUUCUUCCAAAGUGAAUUAUCAUGGUUCUGAGCCGGCAAAACACGCAAUGAGUCCCUCGGUGGCUGAGUCAUUGCGGGCCGUUUUCGCUGCGUUUCUCUGGCAUGAAGGAAUCGUCCAUGAUGCCAUGGCUUGUGCCUCAUUCCUGAAGUUUCACCCAACGUUGCCGAAACAGGGUGCUUUGGUUGUGACCCGACAACCAGAAGCUCCAGUCGAUAAAAGACGACAGGAGUUGUCCAAAGAAGAAAAAGCAAGACAAAGGCAUUCGGUUGAGGUUAGCAAUGCGGGGAAUUACCUACAUAUUCAACCAUCAACGUUGGAAUCGUUGACGAGGUCCGCAGCUAAUGCUAGUGCCAAUAGAAAAAGGCCCAAUAAAUAUCCAGUGAUUAUAAAUGAGGAAAGUGGAGAGAAGUACACUGAGGGUGGUUAUGGGUACCAUACGAUUUCAGUGUUACCACCUGCUUUGAAAUCGCUUGUUUUUCUCUGGGAGGAGCUGACGACGAAUUGUCUGCAAGCUAUUUCGCAUGAUAUGAUUGUGGCGAGUCCUGUGCAUAAAAAGAAAGCAGGAAAGGAUAAGGAGAAGAAUGCAACUAUUGAGAAAGAUAGCAAGAAGAGUAGGAAGAAAAAGAUUUCACCGAGGAAUUAUUUGGAGGACAUCGGUCUUUCGAGCUACUUGCACUCUUCAAGUUGGGAAACCCUCUGCGAGCUCUGUGGCGAAGUGUUCCCCCACCCUGUUACCUACCACAUGCACCAAUCCCACCCUGGUUGUGGUCAACACGCUGGAGGUAAAGGCUACAAUUCUGGCGGAAAUUAUUGUUUAGGUUGGGCCGGUAAUUGUGGUGAUGGUGGUAUUCCCAACAGUUCGUGGUACCUCCUUUGCGAAAGUUGUCGCGAAAAAUACGUCAAAACAAACCGUGGAGGCAAACAACAAACCAAAACCAAAAACCUAACUCGCAGAAAAAGUGUUUACGUUAAACCGUUAUCAUCACCGUCAACUUCACCAGGUCUCGAACCACAUGUGAUUAUGAAAAAUAACGCAAUGUUUUUAUUGGAUUUGGCGAGUUCUGCUGAUGCUGUUAUAGCCCGUCAGAGGAGACCAUCGUCUAGUGUUAUGCCAUCAGUUUCUGAGAAUAAUUCACCUCCGGAUUGUGGUGGACCUUUUAGUCCAGUGCCACCGUUUCAGUGUUUGCAAGCUUUGGGGGCGAAUUUAACGCCGAAUGAACCCGAGUUUUAUGAAAAGGUUUUAAGGCAACAGAAUUUGCACGAAGUUGGCUUGGGUCAAAGACCGUUGUCGGAGGUUUCCAUUUCGGAUAAUGAUUCAGAUAGUGGUAAAGGGUUACGGUUUCAUCGCUCGGUUUCAAUGGGCACUAAUGGGAUUCCCUGGUCCAAGACUGGUUUAGACGGGAGGAUUAUUAUGUUGAGGAAACGGAAUAAUAGUAGUAGUGAAAUUGCAAACGAAGGAGGAUCAUCUCUCCUUUGCAACCCAUCAAACGCCCUCCAAAAACUAGUUCCAAAAAUUGACACUUCGGCAAUUGUAAAAACCGAAACGUGUGAUCAUACUGAAGGUCUUGUUCUGUUACAACGGCCGGUAAUGCAGUUUUUGUUGCAACAACACGAUUUGGAGUCGCUCCAGUUGGCUAUGAAGCAAGCACUUAGGAAGGCAAUGUGUCGAGUUUAUGCAAUGCAAGCUUUAAAUUGGCUUUUAAAAUCGGUGACUCAGCCGAUAUGUUUGCACGAUUUAUUGUGGUGGUUUGUCACUUCGCUAACACCCGCCGAAGUUGAGACGGAAACGGACGAUGAUAACCGUCCAGCGAAAAAAAUUGACGAUCAAGACAUGAACGUGUGCGAACACCCACUUUCCGAUAUCACAAUAGCAGGGGAUGCUGUCCAUCCUCUCCCUAGCACAUUUCAUGCCCUUCUCCAGACCAUUGCCGACCUUAUGGUACUUUUACCCAUGGGUUCAUCAUUGCAACAGAUGGCAGUUAGGUGUUGGGGCUUAAGAUUUGCACCCAGUGACCAUUCAUUCCUGCACAGAUCUCAAGUUUUUAGUAAUAUUAGUAAAAUUCUAUCACGAAGUGAAGAAAUGGAAGAUUGUACGAUUUCGAUGCACGAAAGCCAUCAAAGUGUUCUCAGUCAAGCCACUUGUAGUGUUGAGUGUCUCAAAGAUUUGACACCAUCCAUUGAAAUUAAGGCUUCAAGUAGACAGGCAAUGAUUGGGAGUUUGACUGAUGGUUCGACUGAAACGUUUUGGGAGUCGGGAGAUGAAGAUAGGAAUAAAACCAAAAGUUUAACUGUUGUGUGUGCACAAAACCAUCAUCCGACUUUGAUUUGUGUGCACAUUGAUAAUUGUCGCGAUUUGGGGAACAAGGUUUCAAGUGUUACGUUUUAUUCCGGUCCAAAUACCGAUGAAAUGAUCAAGUUACGAACGGUUGAAGUCGAGUCUAGAAUUUUAGGUGGUUGGGUCAAUUGUCCUCUCACUGAAACCAUCGAUAGUGUGAUACGUUUGGAGCUCAAAGGACCUGAUAAUUCGGUCCGUGUUAGACAAAUUCGAGUUUUGGGUAAAAUCGAAGGUGAGUCGUUAAAAGUGGGCAAACAAUACAAUGCUGCCACCAUCCAGCAACGAAACUGCGAAGCUGAAACACUCAGAGUGUUUCGUUUAAUCACAUCGCAAGUUUUCGGAAAGUUGCUUCAAGGUGAAGAAGGCCAAAAUUUGAAUGACAGUGGUUCGAUUUCGGCAAGUGAAAGUCUCGAACCGUUGGAAGAAAGCAACGAUUUGAGAGAACACAUGGUUGGGAUUUUAUUCAGUCGAAGUAAACUAACACAUUUGCAAAAACAAGUGAUUGUCCAUAUCGUCCAAGCGAUUCGUAAGGAGACUGAACGUGUACGUGAAGAAUGGGAAACAUCGCUUUGUUCAAAUAACGGACUGACAAACAGUGGUUAUAGUCAGGAUGUUACGAAAAAUUCCGAUACUUAUUGUUUUGAGAUGUUGUCAAUGGUUUUGGCUUUAUCGGGAAGUUCAGUCGGACGGGCUUAUUUGUCGCAUCAAGGAGGCCUGCUCGGGGAUUUACUCAGUCUUUUGCAUACAGGAAGUGCACGAGUUCAACGACAGGUCACUUCACUUUUGCGUCGAAUUCUUCCCGAAGUCACCCCAGAUUCGUUUGCCAAAGUGAUGGGAAUCACCAAUUUACCACCGAAAGAUUUCAGCAUAGUCUCUGCAACAUAUCGUGGUUCCUUCGAUAUGCACAAACCUGGAAUUUUGGACGUAUUUCUGAGCGUCAUAGCUAAAGCAUUAACCGUUCAAGUGAAAAUCAAGAGUAAAAAUGGAGCGGGUGGAGCCCCCAAAGAAAUCAAUACUGUGACUUUAGCCACCUCCAUUUACCCUAAAGACAAUUUGGGCAAACGUUGGUGGUUACGUGGUUGUGUUAACCGAAAACUGGCCGAAGUUAUAGUUCACUUGAUCAAAGAUAUGGCCUGUGGGAAAUUAUCGGAAAUGUGGGCCAAUGUAACAAAAGGGGCUAUCGCAGAGAAUAUUUUAGCUUUGACUCAGUUGAGUGAGGAACAAAGAGUGCCGACUACAUGUCUCAGGACUCCAACGUUGUGGUUGGCACUUGCUUCACUUUGUGUCCUUGAUAAGGAUCAUGUUGACCGGUUAUCGUCAGGACAGUGGAGUAAUGCAGAAGGACAACCAGCUCCACCUAGGCCAACUUGUACGAAUCAUGAUGAUGGGGAAACGAAUGCAGUUAUUCAGUGCAACACUUGUGGGAAUCUUUGCGCUGAUUGCGAUCGCUUUUUGCACCUUCAUCGCAAAACACGCAAUCACCAGAGACAAGUAUGUAAAGAGGAGGAGGAAGCAAUCAAAGUCGAACUACACGAAGGGUGCGGUCGUACAAAACUCUUCUGGUUGUUGGCUUUAGCCGAUGCUCGGACUCUUAAAGCUCUGAUUGAAUAUCGCGACGGCGGUGCCCGGAGUCGUGGUGCCGGAAUGAGUGGAGUUUGUCGCUUUUGUGGCGCGACUGGAAGUUCCGGUCUUUUGGCGAUUGGAAAUGUGUGUGCAGAUCAUGAAUGUCAAGAAUAUGGACGUACUGCAUGUCCCAAAUUACUAAACUGUGGACAUAUGUGUGGGGGAAUCCUAGGCGAAAAUGUGUGUUUACCCUGUCUUCAUGGUUGCUCCAAUGAACCGAAUUUGAGACAAGAUGCUGACGAUAUGUGCAUGAUUUGCUUUACGGAGGCGUUGUCGUGCGCUCCUGCCAUUCAGCUGAAAUGCGGUCACGUGUUCCACUUACACUGCUGUAAGGCGGUGCUUAUGAAACGAUGGGCGGGGCCUCGGAUCACGUUCUCGUUUUCGCUUUGUCCAAUCUGUAAAGAGGAAAUAGUUCAUCCGACUUUGGACGAACUUUUAGCCCCCAUUCGGGAUUUAUAUAAAGAUGUGAAACGGAAAGCUUUGAUGCGUUUGGAAUAUGAAGGCUUGCACACGGUCGAGGUUAUUGUCACACCUGGGGCAAGGUUUUACAAUGAUCCAGCCUCCUAUGCCAUGGAUAGAUACGCCUAUUAUGUUUGCUACAAGUGCAAUAAAGCGUAUUAUGGGGGCGAAGCUCGGUGUGAUGCUGAAGUGGGUGAAAAUUAUGACCCCACUGAGUUAGUAUGUGGGGGCUGUUCGGAUGUGGCUAGGGCGCAGAUGUGCCCCAAACACGGCACUGAUUUUCUCGAGUACAAGUGUCGUUAUUGUUGUUCCGUUGCAGUGUUUUUCUGUUUUGGGACAACACAUUUUUGUAAUCCAUGUCACGAUGAUUUUCAAAGGGUGACGAAUUUGUCAAAGACUGAAUUACCAAGUUGUCCAGCGGGUCCGAAAGCUAAACAAUUGGAGGGCGACGAGUGUCCACUUCAUGUUAAGCAUCCACCAACGGGGGAGGAGUUUGCUUUGGGGUGUGGCGUCUGCAGAAACGCUCACACGUUUUAAAAUGUACUUAUUCAAGCUGGAAGUGAUUAUUUUGCAAAGUAUUCCGUUAUUAUGACGUUCCAUUUUUUUAUUAUGUGUAAAGUUUGUUUGAGGGUCAGCCUGAUCGUUGUCUAUUUGAAACAAACGCAAUUUUGACUUAUUUUAUUUAUUUAAUAUAUUCAGAAAUGCAUUGUACCUCGUUUAAUAAAAUUGAUGUAAAAAUAAAUAA